CCCGGCGCACGCGCACAUGUAGUUUCGCGCUGCAUCACUUAUAACAAUUACGUGUCAAUGAAUGUAUAGUUUUUGCAUAAAUCAUUAUUAUAGAUUUGCAUUAAAAUAGCAAUUAAUAGCGAAGCUAUGCGAACAGUGAGUUUUAAAAUAUAGAAAGGGUGGCAAACUCUAAAGUUUCGACAAUGGAGAAAAAAAGUCCAUUUGACACGGAUGCACUGAUGCUGGAACUGGGGCAGUUCCGGCGGUUUCACGUCGUGAACUACGUGUUGCUGGCAUUCGUGCCCUUUGCGCUGGCUCACUACGGCGUCAACUACGUGUUUGUAGCGGCCGAUGUUCCGUACAGAUGCGUGGUGCCAGAGUGUGAAGCGGCUAACAGUACAGAGUACAAUCCUCUGUGGUUGGAGAGCGCGCUGCCGGAGAGCACGAGAGAUCGGCGUUGCUUUAGCAAAACGCCCCUGGACGCAGAGCACUGCGCGCCCGGGAAUUUCUCCGAUGAACUAAGGCCUUGCGAUCGUUGGCUUUACGCUUCGAAAGAUACAAUCGUCGCUGAGUUCAACCUGGCUUGUCAGGACUGGAAGCGCACGCUGGUGGGGACCAUCCACAAUAUCGGGAUGCUGGUCUCGCUCCCCAUCCUGGGCUACAUAUCCGACCGUUGGGGUCGGAAGCGAGCACUCAUAUUGAGCUGUACUUUGGUCGGUGCUAUCGGCUCGCUGAAGGCAUUCUCCUUCUCCUAUGAGAUGUACGUCAUCGUGGAGUUCCUCGAAACCGUUGCUGGCGCUAGUACCUUUCCCGCUGCUUAUAUUCUUACCAUCGAACUACUCGGCCAAGACAAGCGAGUGUUGACGACAGCGUUCCUCGGGAUCAUGCUGGUGAUAGGAGGCUUAAGUUUCGCUCUCUUGGCCAAAACGUUUCCUUAUUGGCGGACUUUUAUCCUAGUAGUUUACCCACCAUCGCUGCUUUUCCUGUCCUACAUAUAUUUUCUGCCGGAGAGCAUUCGAUGGCUUUUGUCUAAGGGACACAAGGAGGAGGCUUUAGUGAUCAUAGAGAAGGCGGCAAAGAUGAACAACGUCACCUUAUCAGACGACACGAUACGACAGCUGACGACCGUCGACGAGAAAGUCCAGAUCGACGAUAAGAAAGAUCAAGAAGAGGAGGGACUGUGGAUGCAAGUUCUGCGAUCACCGAUAAUAAUGACCAGAUUGGCCAUAUGUUCCUGGUGGUGGAUAACUUGCACGUUCGUGUUCUAUGGACUCGCCAUCAACUCUGUGUCUUUAGCUGGUGAUAAAUACACAAACUAUAUGUUGGUGGUUAGUGUGGAGGUGAUCGCCGUCGUCACCAACGCCUUGGUUUUAGACCGCAUUGGAAGAAAGAGGACGUUAUUGAUUGCGUUCGUCGUCUGCGGCAUCUCUUGUACUGCGAUCGCAUUCGUGCCUAAAAACAUGUCCUGGCUCGCGACGCUGCUGUACCUGGUGGGAAAGAUUGCUAUCACUCAGGCCUUCAGUGGUAUCUACAUGUACACGUCGGAGUUGUUCCCCACACAUGCGCGCCAUUCGAUGCUCGGUUUCUGCUCAAUGGUGGGCCGCAUCGGUUCAAUCGUGGCGCCACAGAUGCCGCUACUUGCAAUCUACAUCGAAUGGCUACCGUCGGUUCUGUUCGGCGCGACGGCGCUGUUGGCGGGCGGACUGAUGCUCACCACUCCGGAAACUCUGAACACAAGGUUGCCUGACACGAUCCGUGAAGCGGAGCUCAUCGCAUCACAACCUCAUAGCACCAAACGUGAUGAGGCAAACGGACGGACCAACACGACCGAUGCUCAAGUCACUUCUCGUUUUUAAUGGAUACAAAAACUUUAGGGUCACUCAACAGACAAAAUACUUAGAGUAAUAAUAAAUUAAUUUGUUCUAAUGAACAAUAUUUUGGAGGAAAAAUACGAUAAUGGUAUUUACAUCUAAAAUAUCUUUUCUAUUCUGUAGAAGCAAACUCGAGUCUUAGAAUCUUGGAUCGUCGGAUUUUAACAUUUUACAAUUUGACCGAGUUUGGGUUCCAAGUUUGUUUCGUAGAGAUAUUUUUAAGCCAUUAUUUGUCGAGUAGAAUUAAUUUCAAUAAAAAAGCUUGAAUCAACAAAAGUCUAACAAUAUCUCUUACAAAUUUGUCCGGCGAUUCAAAUUGCUUUCGAUUUAGCAAUUGAUCGACUAAAAUCGAUUCGGCAAAUUGCCAACUUGAUAUAUGUAACCUACAACUACUACUACAUUUACAAAAGUAGGUUUAUAUCAAAUCUGAGAAUAGUAAAGUAUAGAAUUAGAUGUCUCUUACAAUGGUGACACAAUAAUUGUAAAAAAAUAUUCUUCGUUUGGUUUUUUUGUUCAUUAUUAUUUUAUUUGUAGUAAUAAUAAGUUAUUAUUUUAAGCACUUAAGAACACCCCGAUGUAAUAUUAUUUAAUUACAAUAUAAUUAAGAUUAUUUGAUAAGUAGAAAGCAAUAUCGAAUGUGAUAUUUAUUUAAAAUUUAUUUAAAUUAAACUUUAAUUCC